AUGGUUUGUCGAAACACACAUAACGUGUUACAAAGGUAUGGAGAAGAAGAUUCGUUUAAGCAUUUGUCGGACAAACAUAAAGUAGCGGGCGUCCAAAUUGGUAUCGCCACAAAUGUGAGAACAACCAAAAUAAUUACAGACACACAAGAAGUGCUAGAAAAGUGGAGCAAAAAAAAAAAACAGAUUGGAAAUAAAACAAGUGCCGAACGUGAAGCAUAUAAAAAAAGCAUCUGUAUGAAUGUUCCUGUAAGAAAAAAAAAACUGUUCAUAGCCAAAAUUAUGGAUGCGUAUCUUGGCUUUGGUGGUCGAAGAAUCACAAGCAGCACAUUGUCCAUUGAUCUCUAUUUAAUUCGAAGACUUCUUCAGCUGGAACGCAUUUCCAAUAUAUCCUAUAUAAAUGUCAGAAAUUGCAAUAAUCUGUAG